AUGCUGCAGACGGGCUUCAUUUCCAACGCACACAGCGACCUCGUGACGGACGCGUCCUACGACUUCUAUGGUCUCCGUCUCGCGACCUGUAGCCUUGACCAGAGGCACUCCAUCUCUAGGAUCAAAGUCUGGUUUCUAGAUGAGAGUGAGGGCAAAUGGAAGGUAGAGGACGAUUGGAAGGCACACGAUGCGGCUAUCUCAAAAGUCAGCUGGGCACACCCAGAGUUUGGCACCAUCCUCGCGUCCGCGUCCUUCGAUCGCACCGUCAAGGUCUGGGAGCAGACUUACACCCCCGACGCGGAUGCAAUACAAAUCAACGGCGGCGCAGGUCCUUCGGGCCCCUCACGAUGGGUAGAGCGUGCUGUUCUUGUCGAUGCAAAAGGCACCGUUCGCGCGGUAGAGUUUGCGCCACAGCGUGUCGGGAUGAAGCUGGCGACUAUCUCGUCUGACAACUACCUGCGGGUGUAUGAGUGCCUCGAGCAGCCGUCGCUCACGACCUGGCAGCUGACACAUGAAGUCGACGUCCUGUCCCUCCCGUCUACUUCCGCGCCACGUUCACUCGGGCAGACGGUCACACAAGCGACACCAACACAACCUUCGGCCACGCUCGAUGGCGCGUCCCUGUCGCUUGCCGCACACGCUGUUCAACAGCAGCAGCAACAAAAUCAAGCGCCCAGCAGACCGGGACUAGGCCAUAGAGAAGCUGACGGAGGCUGGUGCAUAUCUUGGUGCAAAGACCGCGAUUGGGGCGAGGUAAUUGCUACCGCCUGUGGAAUCAACGGACUUGUCAAGAUCAUACAGCUUAACCCCGCACGACGCCCUUCGACACUCCUCACAUUGGACCCAUCACCGUCUAACGGGGCCACAAACGAGGGCAACGUACGGGGCGCCCAGACAGCCACGGACGGCGACAGUCCAGCGCCCUACGCGAUUACCUCUGUCGCUUGGGCACCGUCGUGUGGCCGCUCAUAUCAGCUAGUCGCGACGGGCGGGCGCGACGGGAAUGUGCGCAUUUGGCGCAUAUACCCACCGCGCCCAUCGCCACUCCUGCAGCCCACGGUCGCAACCGAGUUACAGGCGCAACUUGAGGGCGCGGGGAAUGACGAGUGGUCUGCCACCAUCGUAGGCGAAUUUGACGAUCACAAAUCUGCGAUAGGAAGAGUGGAGUGGAAUAUUACGGGGACGGUGCUGUCGUCGGCUGGGAACGACGGUCGUAUACGACUGUGGAAGAUGACCGCAGGCAGUGUAUGGCGUCCCGCGGGGCAUAUUAGCGUCGAACAGGCAGAAGAGCAGGCGGACGUUGAUAUGGACAACGCCGCCGAUGACUAG